CAGAACAAACUGAUAUACAAGUUGUUAGCUUAGAUAUUGCUAAUAGUUCUGAAAAUAUUACUAAUUCUAAUGAUAUAGUUGAAGAUUAUAUUACAAUAGAGUCUAAUAACCAAAAUUAUAGCAAUA